GGCAUUGACUCCUCCUCCCAUGCCCAAAAACAAUAGCCCUUGUUCGCCCUUCUCCUCUCUCUCUUUCUCUCUCUUCUCUUCCUGCAAUCCUCAAUCGUAGGAUUCAGUACAGUAAAUAGCGAUUUCUGGGUUCAUAUCUUAAACAAUUUUCAUUAGAACAGUAUAAUUUAUUAAUUUCUGGUUAGUUGAGGAGAGAGAAAGGAUGAAAGAAGUGACAAUUUCGUUGGAUGAAGUAAGGGACAAGAAUAUAAUGCAGCUUAAAAAGCUCAAUGUUACCCUCUUUCCUGUUCGAUACAAUGAUAAGUAUUACGUUGAUGCACUUGCUUCUGGUGAAUUCACCAAAUUAGCUUACUACAGUGAUAUAUGUGUUGGAGCAGUUGCAUGUCGUAUUGAGAAGAAAGAUGCUGGAGCUGUUCGGGUUUAUAUUAUGACAUUGGGCGUUUUGGCACCCUAUCGUGGGCUAGGUAUUGGUACGAAGCUUUUGAACCAUGUACUUGAACUCUCCUCCAAGCAAAACAUAUCUGAGAUUUAUAUGCAUGUUCAAACCAAUAACGAGGAUGCUCUCAAUUUCUACAAGAAAUUCGGCUUUGAUAUCACAGAUACCAUCCACAACUAUUACACAAACAUCACUCCAGCAGACUGUUACGUUGUCACCAAGUACCUUUCUCCUCCUCAACCGAAGAAAUGACCGCUUUUCUUAUGUUUGUAGCUGAAGCUGAGUUUUGAACUUCAGAAGAUUGUUUAGUCUCAAACUUAGUUUGUACUCAGUAUUAGUUAUCAUAUAUGGGGGUAUGAUACCAUUCUUGUCUGCUAAAUCUCGAGAUUUUGUGAUUUUUACAAUUGUAGGACCUUUUCUACAGUCUCUAUUGUCCAUUCUAAUACAAACCAAAACUACCAUGCUGUGGCAAAUAUCAACUUCCCUGUGUUGAAAAAUGGGAUGAUUCUGGUCCUGUUUAUUACUUUGUUAAAUUUUAGCUAGUUUGAGAAGUUAAAUUAUA